CCUCUCGAUUGUGCACCUUCGUCAGUUGGCAAAAUUGAUUCCUCGUGGGACGACACGAUGCGGAAUUUGACGUAUCAAGUCAACAGUGGUGUGAGAGUACAGCAUGUCUUCACCGGUAACCAAGAGGUAUUGCAACAGGAUGCAACAAAACUACUCCCCGACAUACAGAAAGAUGUUAUCCUUUCCCGCAGUGACCUACAUAGUAUGUAUCCUUGUUGCUUGGCUUCUAAA